AUCGAACUACCAAAAUAUAACGUGUGACAUCAUAACAACAUUUAUGUGUUCGUACGCACACCGCGAUUGACGUAAUUUGGGCGAUCAUAAAAUUUUUCGGCCUCUGUGUUACAUGUGAUAAUAAAAAAGAAAUUACCAGCAAAUACAUCAGCUAAAAUACAUUGCAAUGGACAAUAAGCAAAUGCAGCCGCAGCCUGGCGGAUAUACUCCGUAUGGUUUUAAUCCAGGGACGAAUGCAUAUACACCGAAUUUUCCACCAGCCGGAGGCUAUCCACCGCCUAAUCCGAAUGCUUCACUUUAUCCGCAACCGCAACCGGGUGGCUAUAGCCCUCAUCAAAGUGGUGAUCACGGCUAUCAACCGCCACAACAACCACCAUCAUAUGUUCCACCUGGUUAUCCUCCACCACAGACACAGGGACCAAUGGCCUAUGGAGGAGGCUUCGGCCAUCCAGGACAGCAGCCUGGACAACCAAUUGUUUCUCAACCACAAAUGGGCGAUGGUGGUUGGAUGAGUAUUCCGCACGGCAUCCCCAAUUGUCCACCGGGCCUGGAAUAUCUUACUACUAUUGAUCAAUUGCUUGUCAAGCAAAAAGUCGAACUGCUCGAAGCAUUUACUGGUUUUGAAACCAAUAACAAAUUUACAAUAAAAAAUAGUUUGGGACAGAAAGUUUAUUGGGCUGUCGAAGAAAAUGAUUGCUGCACUCGAAAUUGUUGUGGUCCAGCACGUCCAUUCGAAAUGAAAGUUAUGGACACGUACAAAAAUACCGUUAUCAGUUUAAACAGACCGCUGGCUUGCGAUAAAUGUUGCUUCCCGUGUUGCCUGCAAACGAUGGAAGUGUCUGCACCACCGGGAAGCCACAUUGGUACGAUUGAACAAGAAUGGUCGAUAUGCAGUCCGUCGUUUCGGAUUAAGAAUGCUGCUGGUGAAGUUGUGCUACGUAUUGAAGGACCAUUCUGUACGUUUUCAUGUGCGAAUUGAAUUGAAUUUAAGAUCGUCACACUAAAUGGUGAUCAAGUGGGAAAAAUUUCCAAACAAUGGAGUGGACUGGUGAGAGAAAUGUUCACCGAUGCUGAUUUCUUUGGCAUCACUUUUCCGAUGGAUUUAGAUGUUAACAUGAAAGCUACCAUGCUUGGAGCAUGUUUCUUAAUCGAUGCCAUGUUCUUCGAGAAAUCUGGAAACCAGGAAAACGACAGACCAGGAAUGUUCUAAAAAUUUAUUUUUAAUCGGCGCCAAAUAUUCAUUCUUUAUAUUUACACUUACGAAUUGAGCUUUCAAGAAAGCCGAAGUUGAAACAACAAUAACCUAUAUGUCUUAUAUGAGUACCUCCAUGUCUUUGUAAAACGUAAGAAGUAGUCUAUUUAUAGUCAAAUAUGGGUUCGUUGUUGGUGGUCAAGUAGUGUGUCUGUGUUCAUUAUUUUUUUAUUCUUUUUUUUUGUUCGUUACAAAGUAUGAUUAGGAACACAAAAUAUUUACAUUUAAAAUGCAAUUUUGGGAUUGUUUUGUGAUGGAGUGUUCUCUUUGAAUUAAAUAAGUAAAGUCGA